GCUGAAGGACGGAACUCUCUGGCUAAGGCUGUUUCCAUUCAAACGUCCAGGCACAUGAAUAGAAGACUCCCCGCACCCUCCCUUGCUGAAUGAAGGAAGAAUAUCAGCAUUUAUGCUGUUAAAUCAGUCUGUCAGCUGGCAUCUCGAGAGCUGGAAUAAGAGUCGCCCCUGCCUCUCACGCAGCACAACAUUUACUUCAAGAGCAGAGAAGGAGAAAGUGCACUUUGCAUGCUUGUUCAAAAGAAGAUAUUCUAGCUCCAGCAGUAAGACAGCAAAUAUUUCUUCCAAAGACCUAGCUAGUGGGGGGAGACGUUCCUAGACAAAUUCUCAGCAAGUCCAAGGUCUGAACCAGAUGCUCGAAUGAUUAGCCCCACCAAUCCUGCUUGCUAGGAAAGAAAGGAAGAGUUUUUAACUGAUCCUAAUGACAGAAUCAGUUCAAUGUGGAAAGUGGAAAAGACCCUGUUUUUUCCAAACUCUCCUUCAUCUAAUCACUGACACCCAUAACUCUGGAGAGUGGAGAUCAUCAACCAUAUUAGCAAGAGAUAAAACAAGCUUGCCAGAUCACCCCGGAAUAAAUCAUCUGCAACGUGAUAGGUUGGCAGAAAAUUCACUUCCUUUUUUCAAAAACGAAAGCCUGUAUAGAGCUAAGCCUGGCAGCAACUCAGAUCUGUCAGUUCCAGAAGAGGACUAAAGAGAUUUGGGCAAAUUAAAACUCUGACAGCAUAAGAAGUUAUAACAACAAAAAACAAUCUCUAACAGGGGCAUGUGAGAAAUGACUUCCAAAGGCUCCUGUAGAGCAGUUUGCUUAACCAAGAGGGGUGAAGGUUUCACAACCAACACAACUGUGCUUUCUCUACAGAACUCUGGUCAGAAUCCACUUUCAGGUGUAAAUUCCCUUUCUGGAUUUUCUUCAUGAAAUGGGAGAAGGAAGACAACAUUUUAAGGGUGAAUAGAGAAAAUGGACAAAACCUGAGAGUGAGCAAUGACUGAGAUUUAUUUUAAAUACCGUGGAAAUCUUACUGGCCGUGUCCACUUGCCAACCCUGUCUACAGAAGUAAACACAACAGCAGAUAAAUAUGCCAACCUGUACAUGUACGUUGGCUUGUUCCUAACGCUCCUGGCCAUCCUUCUCAUACUACUCUUCACCAUGCUCUUACGCUUGAAGCACGUGAUCUCCCCAAUCACCACCUCUCCAGAAAGCACAGAAAAUGUUCAACAGUUUACAGAUGUAGAAAUGCACAGCAGGAUUCCUAGCAUUCAAUGAGACAGAAGCAAAAGGAAGGAGGAAGGAGCUGCAUGGUUCACAAAGCACUUUUGUUUGGCAAAAUAUGCGUGUGCUUUGCGGGGAGGAGAACCCCCACCUGCCCACUCUACUCUGCAAUGUACUGCACCUGUAUCAAACAAACAUUUUCAGCAUCUAGGGCAGUAUCAUUUGACUCAUUUGUGAAUUGACAGUCAUAAGUUAUCCAGUAGGCUUAGGACACUCCUGCCCCCUGAAGACUGCAAGCAACAUGCGUUGAGAAGUUUGGUUUCUAGGAGAAUAUGGAGCACAUGUCCUAAAUAAAAUCUAGACCACAGAAGCCUCAUUGCUCUCAGGAGAGACUCAGCUCCUCCUGAUAGGCUUAAUGCAAAUGAUAAAAGCUACUAUAAUGACAGCCAAAAAUCCAAAAACUUACAAGAAUAUUUUCUGAAAGAUGUAUUUGCUGAGUUAUCUUCCCCUCUCUUGCUAGAGGAGAUUCCUCACCUGAUAAGAGACUUGAACUCAAAGUUAAUUUGUGGCGCAGGCUCAAAGAGCCCACAGGGCACAUAUGAAAAAUGAAUAGUGGUGUGAAAAUCCCCAGACAUCCAUCCCAUUCAAGAAGGAAAAUCUUAAAUGGUGUUUUUUUCCACUUGGAAUAGCACAUUUGCAAAAUGCAAUUUUGGAAAUAGACAAGUGUUCCUGCUAUAAGGCCAAUGUGCAUCAUAUACUAGGGCUAUUACUUUCAGACAUUAAGAAUCAAACAAACAGUGAAUAGUGCAUUCCAAUUAUCAGAAGGAGGCAGUUCAUUCAGAAUGAAAGAAAACAAAAGGUAAAGGUAUUUGCAUGAAACAAGGAGCGUGAGUCAUAUUCAGAAGAGACACUGCCUCUGGGUCCCUGCCCUUCCUUUGCAGAAAUUGCAUUCCCUAAAACUAGGUUCAUUUCUUUCAGCUUUCCCAAUGUCACUCAGUAAUUAAAAUACUAUUUAAUGUUAGUGAAUUAAGUGGACAUUGCUAACAGUGAUAAGGUUGUUAUGAAUUCGGACCUCUCUCUCAUCUCCAUGUAGUUUUCCCCCAGAAACACACCAAAACUCCCAAUACUUUUCUCGCAAGGAUACGAGGACAGGGGAGAAGGGGAAGGGAAGAGAAUGCCAAGACCUGACACUGCAAUAAUAAAUCAGCAUGCAUAGCUCUGUACUCUGGAGUCAGGGGCGGCUCUAGGAAUCCCGCCGCCCCAAGCAGGGCGGCGCACUGCGGGGCGCGCUCUGGCGCUCGCCGGUCCCGCGGC